UCACAAUCCGACGAGUGCACAAUAGCUUCGCGCUGUAUUCGUUUCUCCUGCCAACAAUGCCCGCAAUGCUGGAAUACGAGAGCCGUACUGGGCUACGUCCCGCCGUGGCCCUCCCUCUCCUCAUUGCCGCCUUGACUCUUGGUUAUUUCAUGUUCAAGCCGAUCUACAACAUCUGGUUCCACCCAUUACGGAAGUACCCAGGCCCCAGACUUUGGGCCAUGACACGCAUCCCUUACCAUAAAGCAUUCGUCUCCGGUCUCGCCCACAAACGCAUCCUGGAGCUCCAUGAGCAGUAUGGAGACAUUGUUCGCAUCGCCCCGGAUCAAUUGUCGUAUCUCACACCCGAGGCCUGGAAAGAGAUCAUGGGCCACCGCAAGAACGGCAGCGGCGAGAACGGCAAGGACCCGCUCUUCUACCAUAGCUCCCGAGGGAGCAUUAUAGGUUCCGACAAGGCCAACCAUAGCCGUUUUCGUCGAAUCUUGUCGCAUGGAUUUUCGGCCCAGACCAUGCUCGACCAACAGCCCCUCAUCUGUUCCUAUGUGGAUCUCUUUAUCCGUCGUAUGCACGAGGCUUCCGAAGGGGGGGCAGGGCCUAUUGAUAUUGCGGCAUGGUUCAACUAUACCACGUUUGACAUUAUUGGCGAUCUUGCCUUUGGGGAGCCGUUCGAUUGCCUACGGCUAUCGGAUUAUCAUCCGUGGAUAGCUGUCAUCUUUGCAUCUCUCAAGCAGAUGACGAUGCUGGCGUCGCUGCGCCGCUUCAUCGGAAACAUUGACUCCGUUAUCACCACCCUGAAGCCGAGUGCGGUCUCCAAGAGAAAAGAGCAUGCUGCGCUUGUCAAAGCCAAGGUCGACAGGCGGCUCGCCAGGACGGACCCCCGGCCUGACUUCAUGAGCGCCAUGCUGAAAAAGGACGGGCAGCAGAAGUUGACUCGUGAGGAAAUCGACGAGAACUCCCGCGUUUUGAUUAUUGCAGGAUCCGAGACAACAGCUACUGCGCUCAGUGGCGCCGUGUUCUUCUUGGGCAACCAUCCCGAUGUUCUGAGGAGGCUGGCAGCGGAGGUGCGGACCUCUUUCUCGACCGAGGAUGAGAUCGAUUUGUUGAGCGUGCAGAGGUUGAAGUACUUGACGGCUGUCAUCGAAGAGUCCUUGCGCAUGUACCCUCCUGUCGCUGGGGCAUUGCCGAGGAGAACCCAAUCUGGCGGAGACUUUAUUUGCGGACAGUUCGUUCCUGAAGGCACCAUCCUCGACAUCUGGCAAUGGCCAAUGUACCGCAGCCCCAAGAACUUUGCCCUACCUAAUGAGUUUGUGCCAGAGCGCUGGCUAGAUCAGGACCCCCGCUUUGCGAACGAUAGGAAGGAGUGCUUCCAGCCAUUCUCCCAUGGGCCGCGUAAUUGUAUCGGAAAGAACCUCGCAUAUGCGGAAAUGAGACUUCUGCUCUGUCGCUUUAUUUGGAACUUUGACUUGAGGCUCGAUGAGGCCAGCAAGGAUUGGAUGGAUAAUAACAGGCUCUAUACUCUCUGGGAAAAGGGGCCAUUGAAGAUCCAUUUGACCCCGAGGAAGGUUGAGUAACUCCAGGGGGCAACACGUCCAACAGAGGCGUGACUAUUUGGCACAUGUAGGGUCUCGGGCACCCCGGGGUUGGCGGACCGAGUCUCCAGACCGACGAAGUAGAUUCCUGCCCACAAUUGACAAUGACACUAUACAUGUGAGAUCAGGUGUUAAUCGUAGUCUAAGCGCCAUUGGAUGACGAAUUGCCAAACACCCAUGGGCAGAUACGCGGGGCUAUGCUGCAUUCUAUGGAAUAUUGGUCGGUAGCAAAAAUCUCUGGAGCAGGGCAAUUAAAACCGAGCUUGCAGGACUUGAAACGCUA